UUUUUCCCCUUUACGUUUCCAAAAGCUGAAAUCUGUGCGUAAUGUACCCUUAUCUCUACACUAAGUGUGAUCGUAGAUGUCAGAGUGCAUGCUUGCAUGCUACUUCUGUUUGUACAAUAGUGAGAAAGCAUAGAUGCGACCUGCGGUACAGUUGUAACACCUGUUAUGAAUGUACAGCAUCUUGCUUUACAGGUGUCUGACUGUUAAGCAAAAGGUGGAGCACUGAGACCAAAGAGACGCAGACACUAACUUGCAUGCUUGUCCCUUUUUUUUUUUGCUUCUUCUCUUCAUUAUUUCCAUAGAAAUUAUGGACGAACAUCCAAUGAUGGACAUCCGACGAUUUAUUGUAAUUGCUUAAUAUUUUCCAAGCUAUCCUCAGAGCUACAUCACACAGAGUAUUAUGGCGGUUUAACAUGAUUUCUGUUUCAUGCUUUUUAAAUGCGACGUUACAGUUCUGCCGCUUUGCCGGUGCAAGUGUGACUUCUAGAUCUGAGUGCCAAAUUUACCGUACUUGCUGAUGAUAUGGGUAAAUUUGCACUUGAUAAAAGAAGAACACGCGCAUGAUGUUAUGUCGGAAAUCAGUAAUGGAAAUCCUUGUUAAGCAAUUUAAUUCAUGCCAAAAUAAUAUUCCAGUUGUUCCAGCUCUCCUCUGCUCUUCAGCCAUCUUUAUGUCACGCCUUGUAUGUAUCCAUUUGUGUAGUAAUAGCACUGUAACUAACCCUUUAAUAAAAUAUUUAUUAACAGCAACACUCAACACAAGCCAUUUGUAACUCUAUCAUCUUUUGUCUGUCCUUCUGACAGUCUACACUUGUAGGUAAAAGUCUGUAAUGCCGUAGAAUUUGUUUCUGCAUCAUAUGUGAGACAUAUAAUUAACAAACCGAGACAUUUUUUGUUAAGUUGUUGACAAACCCCCACGUUGUGGCGCCACCUGGUGGCGGCUGUGAUAUAAAUGUCGAGCGAGUUUGAGAAGAAUGGAAAGUGAAACUCAGACGUGCCGCGUUUUUCCACAUUGCAGCAGCUGCAUGGUUUCGUUCAUCAAGAAUAGCACAACUUAGUAGUUUUGUUGGGUUUUUCCCCCCUCCAAACACCGCCUGCUUUAAACCUUGAUAAGCUCUACAUAGACAUUUUGUGCUGUAGUUGGUUUAGACCGUUAGUCUGCUGGCAUUUCUUCAACAACAAAUGCGUGUUUUGUUUGUGGGUUUUUUUGUUGUUAUUGUUCACCUUCACCCGUCAUUCGGAUUAAAUUAGCUAGCAUUUUAGUUUUGUUUUCGUUUAUAGACCUAGUAUUGUUUGGUUUUUAUAGCUGGUUUCCAGCACGGUGAAGGAGGCGGCAACGUUUGUGUGAUUUUUCCUCCAUUUUUCUUAAGUCCUUCAUUUCCGCUGGGACUACUGGCCGAGCCAUGCAGUUGUUCAAAUAUAAUGCAGACCUCGUGACAGAUUUGAAAAUUCAAUGUGGUGAAGCUGUGCUGCAAACGUAUCCAGAGAAUACACAUCAGUAUUUUUGUUGCUGUCUUGCUCCCUGUGUUGACCUCCACCAAAAAGCCAGCAGGCAGUGAGCUCCUUUGUCCUCCACCCCUGCGCUAUGAGCAGAGGUAGAGGAGGGCACGCCAAAGAGUACCAUCGAUUCUCCCCCCCAUCCCACCACAGCAAAUCAGCUAAUCAAGAAUUAUUCCCCCAAACUUUCCCAGCUCACCCCAGAACCCCUUACGUCCCAAGCCCCAACGCUAGCUUGGGCAGGUUCCAGCAUCCUCCCCCUUACUUAUCUCCUGGCCCUCCUGGAGCUUCUCCAAGUGGUCCUUUUCAGCCUCCAAAUCCUUUUACGUCUCAGUACCCUGGGCCUUCCCAAGUACAAGCUCAGAGGUCAUCAUCAAAUAGAGGAGUUUGUGGUGACGAAGUAGCAGAUUUUCGUCAGCAACAAAUCCUCUUCCUUAGGGGGCAGUGUGCUGAGGCGCCCAAGUUUGUGCCGCACCCGUCCGAACACUUUGACAGUCCUCCCCAGCAUCAGACAGGAUAUUAUAAUUCCCCAAAGCCCGGCAGCUACGUGAGAAGAGGGGGUUAUAUUCGAGGCAAGCCAAGCUGGGAGAAAGGGUUUAAAACCAGGUACCAUGCUGGACCUAAGUCUGGCUGGGAACAACAGCACUUAAGAAGCCAGAAUAUUCGGUAUCAGUGUGACAGCCGGGUGGACUGUGACGCUGCCGGACUGUCUUCAGCCUUUCAUGCGCUGUCACUAGAGAACUUUGGUAGUGCCUCGUCCUCUGGUGGUUCUGGGAUUAAGGCUUCUCGUUCACUUCCCUCAGGUAAAUGUUCCUUGCAUCUGACACCUGAAAUCCAAAAGCAGGUCCUCAGUUCUUUGGCCUCAUUGCAGCCAAGUGAAACCAUCCAGGCCAAGGACUUGGCUAAAAGAUUUCGAUUACCUAAGAAGAUUGUUAACCAGGCGCUGUACUCUUUAUUCAGAUUAAAUCAAGCAGUAAUUAUAGAAGGGACUCCUCCUCUCUGGAGACUGUGGAAAGAAGGUGACGCUGAAGCCUCACACGGGAGAACCCAGUUUAGAGCAAAAACUGAUAAAAGGUUUGCUCAGGAUACAUUUGUUGAGCAAAACCAGUGUUUGAUUAAGGAAGUAAAUCCAGACAGCAACUUGACCAGUGCAUCAUCAUCAACCGCUACAGAGGCCAGUAGUGAUUACAGUGAGGAAUCUGAAGACUCUGAAAAAGAAAGUUCCUCUGAAGUUCUGGACUCUGACAAAGCUGUAGAUACAUUUUCAUCCACUGAAAAGGAAUCAGAUCUUUCAAAAACGAUGGAAACAAAAGACAGCAAGGAGCAGAUCCUAAAGUACCUCCAUGAGACAGGCCAAGCCAAUGCAUUGAUGAUUGCCAAAAACCUGGGCUUGAAAAAUGCAACUGCCAAGCAUGUUAAUCCUACUCUGUAUGCCAUGGAAAAGCACGGUGAUCUUAGUCGCAGCUCAGGCAGUAUGCCACCUAUUUGGGAGCUGUCUGCUCACCAGCGUGAGAAGAUGGACCGACAGCGGAAAGCAGCUGUUGCUGCCUCUAUAACACGAAACAAGUUAGAGCAUUGUGGAACACAAGGCCCAGUUAUAGCUGCACAAGCAGCCCCAAAGAUGGUGUGUGGAUCUGGGUUGUCGGAAGAAGCGAUGACCUGGGAGAACCUCCCAACAAGUCAGACACGUCAUGGCAAGGACAGCACGUUUGGGAACGGAAUGCUUGAGAAGCAGUCAGAUUCUGAUAUGGACUCUGUUCCUGCUCAUGACAAAAUUCCCUCAGUAGACAAUGACCUUACAUCUGUUCCCUACUCCUCCCAUGAUGCCUCAUACUACCAGGCAGAUAACAAGAAUGGGGGACACUCGGAGUGGGCGUCAGACGAUAUUCCAGAAUUCCUGAACACAAUCCGAUCAGAGGUGGCUGUGUCCUUGGCGGCACCUCUUCCUCCUGCCCAGAAUACAGAGACCACCAAGUUGCAGAAGCUAAAACUGGCGCUCAGCAAGAACCCUGUCAGUGGCCUGAUGGAGUAUGCACAGUACCUUGGCUACAAUUGUGAAUUCCUCCUACUUGAACAGUCAGGACCCUCACAUAACCCAAGGUUUCGAAUGCAAGUGAUGCUCGAUGGACGUCGGUUCCCACCAGCUGAAGCCUCAAACAAGAAAGUGGCAAAGAAGGUUGCAGCUGCAGAGACCCUCCAGGCGCUCUACAAAGAACUGGAGGGAGCUGCUAGUGGGGAGGGUGAAGCAGAGCAGACUGCAAUGUCAUUAGCAGAGCUGAUUGAGCUUGCUGAGGAUUCUUUUGAGAGUUUAGAGGAGCCGCCAAAGGCCUUGGCUCGCUCCCUUCCAGGCGGCAAGAACCCCGUUUCUGUUCUAAUGGAGCACAGCCAACGUAGUGGCCACGCCAUUGAGUUCAUCCAUUCUGGGCAGGAGGGUCCAGCGCAUGACCCACGCUUCAUGUUCCAAGUAAAGGUUGGGGACAGUCUUUACCCGGAGGCGUCAGCACCCAGUAAGAAGGCAGCACGGCAACUGGCAGCAGAGGAAGCUGUGAAGGCUCUCCUGGCAGAAGGACAACUGCAGCUCAAUAAGCCGCAGCACGCGUUUUGUCCACUUGGUGAGGGCGAUCUGCCCCCAGCGAUGCCCCCAUGCCCAUCGCUGCCCCCGCUGACAGCAUCUGAGCUCCAGGCAGCACACGAGGCUGGAGUAGGCGACCUGAUCAACCACCUAAACAACAAUGCCGUGUCAGGCCUGCUAGAGUACUCGCGCUCACGAGGCUUUGCUGCCGAGAUCCGACUGGUGGGUCAGUCAGGGCCUCCACACGAGCCACGCUUUACAUAUCAGGCUAAGCUGGGAGGUCGCUGGUUUCCUGCGGUGUGUGCCAGCAAUAAAAAGCAGGGCAAGCAGGAGGCAGCGGAUGCAGCUCUCCGAGUGUUGAUAGGCGAGGCGGAAAAGGCGGCACGCACCGGGGAGCUCACGGCAGAGUUGCCGGUGUCGGGUAGCACGCUUCACGACCAGUUCGCCAUGCUGAGUCACCAGCGUUUCAACGCGCUCACUGCUCGCAUACAACACAGCCUUUUGGGUAGGAAAAUCCUUGCCACGAUCAUCAUGAAGAGAGGUGCUGACAGCCUGGGCACAGUCGUUAGCCUUGGGACAGGAAACCGCUGCGUUAAAGGAGAGGAGCUGAGUCUUAAAGGUGAUACCGUUAACGACUGCCAUGCUGAAAUCAUUUCCAGAAGAGGCUUCAUCCGCUUUUUGUACAGCGAGUUGAUGAAGCAUUGGGACAGUCCUGGAGAGGACAACAUAUUUGUAGCCGCAGAGGACGGUUUGCUCAAAGUCAAAGAUGAUAUCACGUUCCAUCUGUACAUCAGCACUGCUCCGUGCGGGGACGGCGCACUCUUCGAUAAAUCGAGCACCGAGUUAGCAGAGGUCACCGGCUCAGCUCACAUGCCCCUGUUUGAGAAUGUUAAACAGGGCAAGCUCAGGACCAAAGUGGAAAACGGCGAGGGUACCAUCCCUGUGGAGUCGAGUGCCAUCGUGCCCACUUGGGACGGCAUCCAGCACGGCGAGCGCCUCAGGACCAUGAGCUGCAGUGACAAGAUCCUGCGCUGGAACGUGCUGGGCCUGCAGGGGGCUCUGCUCAGCCACUUUAUGCACCCUGUGUACCUUCAGUCGAUCACCUUGGGGUACCUGUACAACCACGGUCAUUUGACUCGAGCCGUGUGCUGCCGAUUGGCCAGAGAGGGCAGCGAGUUAAUUAAAAGCUUGCCUCCUCACUUCACACUUAGCCACCCUGAGGUCGGCAGAGUGAGUGUGUACGACUCGACACGCCACACAGGAAAGACCAAAGAGUCCAGUGUGAACUGGAGCCUGCCAGACAGUCUCAAAGUGGAGGUACUGGAUGGCACCAAGGGCAAAGUGGACAGUCCAAAGCUAGAGGUGUCCCGCGUCUCCAAGUCCAACCUGUUCCGUCUUUUCCGGGACGUGUGCAGGCGGGCCGGCCGGACUGACCUCCUGGCGCUGACCUCCUACGCCAAUGCCAAGAUGUCCGCCUCUUCUUUCCAGCUGGCCAAGGAGCAGUUCUUCAAAGCUCUAGGUCAGCUGGGUUACGGAGCAUGGAUCGGCAGACCGCAGGAGGAGAAGAGCUUUGAGGUGGAGGAAACCGAAACUCAGAACUUCCUUUCAGCUCCAUAAGGACAAAAGGAGGGUGGGAGGGAGGGGAAAGGAGAGUGGAGGAAAAGCGCAAGCGGCGAUUCGAAUCUUUCUGGUGGUUGGAGAAAGUGAGAGACAAUUUGGUACGGAGAAAGAGGAUGGGAAAGAGAAAGGGCUGAAGAUCUGAUUUGGGAUCGUUGCACUUCAGCCUGGGAUGGAAAAAGAAUGAAAACUGAGCCGUAAAAAGCCAGCUCAUGUAUGAGAAUAAUAUAUGUAGCUUUCUUUGGAAUCCCUGCUAAACUCUGUUAUGCAUCAAGAUGUAUUUGAAGCAUCUCUCUGUCUUUCAAUCUCUCAUUCUUGUGGGUUGCGGGGGGGAUGGUGGUUUGGAGAAGAGAUUAAAUGAGAGGCUGUUAUAAAAUCUCUUUAAGGUCAACCUCGCCUGCUAAUAACAGUUACAGUAAUCGUAUACCAUUGUAGUUAUUAUAUCACAUACAAACACAAAAGGAUGCUGUUAGUGCCACGUGUCCCCUCGCAGCAAUUAAUGGGCUUUCUCGCAUCUCUCUCUCUCUCUCUCUCUCUCUCUCUCUCUCUCUCUUUCCCCGCCUACCUUCAGAAUAUUUGUUUCUUGCCGAGGUUGAAACUGUGGACCAAGGAGUUUCAUUAGUUUCCUUUUGAUAACCACAUGCAUCACAGUCUUCUGCGCAUUUUAUUCACAUUCCUUGAGCUCUUGCCCGAAUUAUUAAACAAUUUUGAAUGACGUGAUUACAGCAGGUCUAGGUGGCUAGUCAGUUCGCUCUACACCCGACCCGCCCACCCCACCCCCACCCUUUAAUGCUUAUUUAUAUAUAUAUAUAUAUAUAUAUUAUAUAUAAAAUAUAUAUAUGUAUAUGUAUAUAUAUAUAAGAUGAGUAUGGUCUCUAGCUCUGCCUAGUUUGCAUAGCUUGUACACAUAGAUUUGACAAAAUGUAUGCAUAAUGUAUAUACAGAUACAUACACUCUCAAAUGUAUAUAAGGUCUCUUCACACUGUGUGCGAGUUUAUAUACAUGUGUGUGUUUAUGUAUAUGUAUAUAUUGUAUGUAUAUAUUUUAUAGAGUUUCAUAAAUUUGUGUUGCAUUUGACCAAUGUUGAUGGAUGUGAUAUUUCUGGGAUAGUUUAAUGGCGUCAUCCCUCCAUACAUGGACACAUUCUGUUUUGUGAGAAAUGCAGUUCAGAUGUACAUUCACAACCUCUAUGAGUUAGUGUAUUUGACGUGUUUUAUGUCUGUUGUCCUUGUUUGUUUUUUUGUUUGUUUGUUUGUUUUUUAAUUCAGUCUCAGUAAGAAGAGAUGCCUGUGCUCUCGCUGUGACAUUCUUGAGUGGAAAUACUUUUAAAAUAUUAAAUCCAGAAUUUCAAAAGUU